ACCAGACUAGCAGUCAGAGGCACAUGAUCCCCUGUGGUAUAGAGACCCUAACUAACAGAGGGCAAUGCCAGAGUCAGCAGAGAGUACCGACAAGCCCUUCACGGCCCACUUGUCCAAUGUUUACCUCAGCAUCUUGGCACUGUUCUGCUUCAAACUCUUUGUGAAGAUAAGCCUGAACUUACUCACCUACUUCUACGUCAUCCGUGGGAACCGAAAGGAGGCUGCCAGGAUAUCUGCAGAGUUCUAUGACUAUGGUAAACGACAGGGGUCCUGGGCCGACCGUUCUCCUCUACAUGACGCAGCGAGCCAAGGCCGACUCCUCGUCCUCAGGAACCUCAUUUUACAGGGCCACAAUGUAAACGUGCUCACCAUAGACCAUGUGAGCCCCCUUCAUGAUGCUUGCCUGGGCAACCAUGUAGCCUGUGCCAGGCUCCUCAUCGAAUCAGGAGCCAACGUGAACGUCACCACCAUAGACGGGAGGACCCCCCUGUUCAACGCGUGCUUGGUGGGCAGUGUGAGCUGCACAGACCUGCUCCUGGAGAGGGGGGCUAAGCCCCAGGCCCCGGUGUUUCAGCCCUCGCCCAUCCACGAAGCCACCAGCAGAGGACACAGCAAGUGUGUGGAGGCUCUGGUGGCGUGGGGAGCGGAUGUGGACAUGGACAUUCCUCACCUGGGCACGCCGCUCUACACCGCCUGUGUAUUCCAGGAGCUGGAGUGUACCAGGAUGCUGCUGAGGGAAGGAGCCCAUGUCCAGAGAGGUAAGUACCUGGACACGCCCCUACACGCCGCAGCCCAGAAGGACUGCACAGCCAUGGUGAAGAUGCUGCUGGAUUUUGGGGCUGACAUCAAUGCCAGGAACCUGGAGUUCCAGAAGCCGGUGGAGGUGUCUCCUCCUGGUAGCUCCACAGAGAGCUUCCUGAUGCUCUACGAAGUCACGCCUCGCCUGCUCAGCCAGCUGUGCCGCCAGUGCAUCCGAGAGAGUGUCGGUCGUGAUCGGUUCCACCUGAUCUCCCGACUGCCUCUGCCCAGUCCAGUCAAAAACUACCUGCAAUACAGAUAACGCAACAGCACAGGA